GAUUGUUUAUUGUUUAUGGAACUGUGGUUGGUUUGUUGCAAGAUGGUCCAUGGUGGUAUUUUGCAUGCAAGUGUCACAAAGCUGUGACUUUUGAUGAUGGAUUAUAUUUCUGCCCCGGUUGCUGUAAGCAUGUUAUGGAUGUUUCUGCAAGAUACAAGAUUAAGCUUGGGGUGUUUGAUGGCACUGAUUCUGGAAAUUUUCUGUUGUUUGACUCUGAUGCUCAUCAUCUCAUUAAGAAGUCUUGCAAGGAUAUGUUGGGAAAUUUGAAGGAUCCUAAAUCUGCUGAGAUUACUCCCUUGAUGGAAGAACAAUUGGUAGGGAAAGAAUUGCUGUUUAAGGUGGAGAAGAAAUCUAAUAAUUUUUUCCAGUUUGAUGACUCUUAUUGUACGAAGCGUAUUUGUGAUGAUCCUUCUAUUAUAGAAGCCUUUAAGGCACUUUCUGCUGCCCAGACUUCAAAUUUGGCUAGAUGCCCCACUCCUUUGACUGUUGUUAAUUCUGCUGGAGAUAAGGUAGCAGUUGAGGACCCCUCUGAGUCCUGUGUGGUUUUAUCCCCUGAGGUUCUAACCCCUUCUCUUGGUAGUGAUCCUUCAUAUGUGGGAAGCUCUGCUAACAUUUUCAAGAGGAAGGCUGAUGAAGAUUGUAAGAAACCUCCAACUGUUCCUAAACUGAAGAUGAAGAAUGUCAAAGUGGAGAAGAAGUAGUUAUAUUAGUAUGAAAUAAUAACCAGUGUAGUGUGCUUCUUUUAAUCUAUGGGUCACCUAGCAGUUUGGUGGUU